GUCAAAUAGAAAUCCUUUUAUUGGGCUGGACAUUAGUUAAAUUCUCGGUCAGAAAUACGUUACUCGUUGUUGUAUUAUCUUUUAAAAUUGUGUCGUAAAUCUUUGGUCUAUGAGUAAAUAUUGUCAAAUCUGGAUAAAGACAAAUUAUUGCAACUUUUUAUUUAUUUCUUUAAAAAAAUGAAGAAAUAUUUUUAAUAUGUUCAGAACGCUCAUCCAUAUAUCAGUAAAAGGCAGCGGAAAAUUGUUUCUUUGGAAACGAUGUUUCUCUGUAACAAAUCAGUGUCUAUUUCUCAAUCGAUCACCUAAUGCAGCCCUCGAUAAAGGCAUAUUGAACCGCUUCACAGAAUUGAAAAUACCAGAAGACUGUUACCAAGCAACUUACAUAUGGAUUGAUGGAACUAGGGAACAUAUUCGCGGCAAGGAUCGUAUUCUCAAGGGACGUGCUGAAGCUCCCGAAGAUUUGCCUUCAUGGUUAUAUGACGGCAGUUCCACGUAUCAAGCAUGUGAUGAGAACUCAGACAUGAUUCUCGUCCCCAGAACUAUAUAUCGUCAUCCUUUUAAGUCGGGCAAAAACGAUAUUUUAGUUAUGUGUGAAACCAUCAAUCCUGACGGCACGCCCAGUAUUUGGAAUCAAAGGUACCUAUUAAAGGAGGCUUGCGACGCUGCGAAAAUUCAUGAGCCCCUUUUUGGAAUAGAGCAAGAGUAUGUAUUGCAGGGUACCGAUGGGAGACCAUAUGGAUGGCCCCAUAAUGGAUUUCCAGCUUUACAAGGUCCAUAUUACUGCAGCGUUGGAGCCAAUCGCGCACACGGACGAGACAUUGUAGAAUCUCAUGGGUUAGCAUGUUUGUAUGCAGGCAUAGCAUUCAGUGGGACAAACGCUGAAGUCCUUCCAUCCCAGUGGGAGUACCAGGUUGGGGUUGUUGAUGGGCUCAAGGUUGCAGAUGACAUUUGGGUUUCGCGUUAUAUACUAAAGCGGAUUGCUGAGCUAUAUGGUGUUGAAAUAAAUUUUGACCCGAAACCUGUGGAAGGCAAUUGGAAUGGAUCAGGGGCCCAUACAAAUUUUUCAACGAAAACAAUGCGAGAAGAUGGCGGUCUCAAAGCUAUGGAAGAGGCCAUUGCUAAAUUGGAAAAGAGACAUGCACAGCAUAUUGAGGUUUACGAUCCAAAGGGUGGGCAGGACAAUAAACGAAGAUUGCAUGGUGUUUUGGAAACAUCAAGAAUAGAUACUUUCACAUGGGGUAUUGGUAAACGUGCGGUUAGUGUUCGGAUCCCCUUCCCUGUCGCAAAGAGUGGAAAAGGAUAUAUCGAAGAUAGACGACCAGCAGCGAAUUGUGAUCCUUAUGCUGUAUGCAAUGCUUUAAUUCGUACAUGUCUUCUGGAAGAAUAAAUAGAUUACGCUGUGUAUAUACAAUAAAUAGAUGCUUAAUUUCC